UUGGCAAAGAAAUAAAUGUGUAUACGUAUAUACGGUCAUUUCUAGACCUCGUUGGGACUAAAACACAAAAUCAGUGUAUAGAAACGCGUAAAGAAAUGGAGAUAGAAGAGAGAAUAGUUCACAAACGGUCUUUCCGAAGCUUUCUGCAACGCAUACCACAGCGUUUAUCAGAAGUGGUGGAACAUUUUUUCUAUAGACUCGGGUUGCGAAUUGCUCGACGACCGUUGAAAUGGAUAAUUGGAAGUACUGUGAUAGUAUUGAUUUCUCUUUCUGGUUUAUAUUUUUUUCAUCAAGAGAAAAAUCCUGUGAAAUUAUGGGUUCCACAGGACUCUGACUUUGUUCGUGACACAGAAUGGAUGUUCGAACAAUUUGAACAGGGUUUGAGAAUGGAGAAUAUGAUAUUAACUGCUGAUGAUGUAUUAGAACCAGAAGUUCUUGCAAGACUAAAUGGAAUAACAAAGGAGGUUAUUUCUGUACAAACUUCUGAUCAAAUUGCAUGGACAGAUGUAUGUUUCAAAGUACCUGUCAUAUCAGGUAUUGUACAUAGAAAAAAGCGCAGCGAUCAACUGCUGACUGAUGAUUUCUUUGAAAUUGAACCAGACAAACAAAUUAAUAACACUGUAUUUGAACCUGCAGUUCAUGUUAGUCCUGAGCUCUAUUGUAAUGUAGUAAACAAUUUGCCAAAAGCUUGCCUUUUAAGCAGUAUCUUGGAUAUAUGGGAAUAUGACACUAAUGUGAUUCUCCAUAAAACUAAGGAGGAUAUUAUUAAAGAUAUAAACACCACAAAAAUUAGUCCCACAUUGGGCCAUCCACUAAAUUUUACAGAAUUAUUGGGUGGUAUAACAAGAGAUGAAGAGGGUAAAAUCAUCUCAGCCACAGCAGUAAGAACACAAUGGGCAGUUAAUGUAAACUUUUCAAAAGUGGAUAUGAAUAAUUUUGGCAACGAUGUUGGAACAGCUGAUUGGGCAACAGAUGAUGUAUUACAGUGGGAGCUAUCCUAUUUGGAUAUAUUGCACGAAAAUGCAAGGAUUUUAAAUGACAAAAAAAAUGUAAAUAAUACAUUAGCUAUCUGGUAUGAUGCUGGUAGAAGCUUUGGUGAUGUUACAUUUGUAACAAUGUUCGGAAAUAUUGGUAUAUUAUCAAUAGGAUUCAUUUUAAUGUUUUUCUACGUUCUAGUCAUAUUCUCGGAUUACAAUUGGGUGGGAUGGAGAGUCUAUCUCACAAUUGGCGGUCUUUUGUGUGUGGGUGGUGCUUUUAUAGCUUCAAUCAGUGUGUGCUCUGCUCUUGGGAUUUCGUAUGGACCUGUGCAUACUUCUUUACCUUUUAUGUUGUUGGCUCUUGGAAUAGACGAUAAUUUUUUAAUAAUGGCAUCUUGGAAAGAAAUACAUACAUACAAGUUGAAUCAAAAUAAGCCAUUAGAAGAAAGAAUAGCUUUAAUGUUAGGGCAUGCAGGCUCGGCUAUUAUUAUUACUUCUCUUACUGAUGUUGUUGCCUUUAUUAUUGGUGCAUCCACAAUAUUGCCAUCCCUUCAAUCAUUCUGUAUUUACGCGGCGGUUGGAGUGCUACUGACGUUUUUAUUUCAAGUCACGUUUUACGUUGCCUUCUUUACCGUCGAUGCCCGACGAAUCGAGAAUAAAAGAAAUUCGAUACUACCUUGCAUCGUUCAUGAAAACUUUGUACAGAAAUUCACUAGUCCGCAAGAAGAACCUGCCGCAAAGUUGAUAAAUAAAUUAUAUUCAAAUAUAAUUCUGACAAAACCCGGAAAGAUAAUGAUAGUAUUAAUAACAAUAGUUACAGUAUCGGCUGGAAUUAUGGGUACAUUAAAAUUGGAACAAUGGUUUGACCCAGGCUGGUUUAUACCAAGCCAUUCGUAUUUAAGUAAAUAUAUUGACGUACGACGCACUCAAUAUCCCGAACAUGGUUACGAAGCAAUGAUUCUUAUGGGAGAUUUCAAUUAUACCGCCGAGUUUCCAAAGCUAAUAAAUUUGGCUGAGAAAUUUGGAAAUUUAUCAACGAUACAAAGUAUAAAUUCUUGGCCCAGUGAUUUUGCCAAAUUUGUCUUGGAAUAUUUUCAAAAAGAUUUAAGAUAUGAAAUACUAGAAGACGUGGAAUUUCGAAAAUAUCUGUCCAAGUUCUUAUUUAGUCGAAAUGGAGGCAAAUAUCAACGGAACUUCCGUUUUGGAAAAAGCUUAACGUGCGGUGAAAGUACUGCACCGAUUUUAGUAGCUACUAUAGAUCUUACCUUUAAACGAUUUUAUGGUCCUCAUCAAUGGAUCCCAGCGAUGGAUGAAAGUAAGCAGGUGGCACAUGAUGCUGGAGUCAAUGGUUUCGUCACAAUCUGGAGCGAAGUAUUCAGCUUGUGGGUCACCGACAAACUAAUCGCUCAAGAAGUUCAGCGUAAUGUUUUCUUGGCUUUGAUUUGUGUCAUGGGAAUGACAGGGUUACUGAUCGCUGAGCUGCAGACAUGUUUCUGGAUCUUUUUAUGCGUACUUCUUACACUUUUGAAUGUUUGCGGAUUCAUGUACUUUUGGGGCUUGACAAUAGAUAUUGCAUCUUGCAUUGGUUUGGAAUUGGGCAUUGGAUUAUGUGUGGAUUACGCUGCUCACGUUGCACACGCAUUUAUAAAUGCUGCGAGUGUAAGCGGAAAUGAAGAUCGUACAAAAAGAGCACAUAUCGCGGUGAGGUACAUUGGUGCAGCGGUUGCAUACGGUGCUGGCUCGACGUUACUUGCACUUUCCAUGAUGGUAUUCUCGGACAGUUAUGUGUUCCAUGCGUUUUUAAAGAUUUUUGUUUUGGUAAUAUUGUUUGGUCUCUGGCACGGAUUAUUUCUUCUGCCGGUUAUAUUAAGCACUAUUGGGCCAGGAAGUCUACGAUCACAUAGAGAACCAGAAUCUCCAGAGAAGGUGGAGGAUACAGGCGACACCGUUACUAGUCCCCUAAAUAAAGCGACGGAGAGUUAAACAGAACGCCUAAGAUGAUUCUUUAUCAAUAAUAUUUAUUUUUGGUUCAAUAAACAUACAAAAUUAUUACACUA